GUUACAGAAAACAGAUCCGACCUUGAAGAUCUGGAGCUUUAUGCAACUCCUCGGGAGCAACGGUUUCGCAGGUUUGCCAGUUUAGAAUUUGAAGGACAGCUAUAUAUGACUCCAUACGACUUCAUUCAGGCUGUCACAAGUGAUGAGCCCAAACGUACUAAAAAGUGGCGAUCCCUUUCAAAGCAGGAGCUGAAUCAGAUCCUCAUGGAGACACCACCAGUUUGGAAAGGAUCAUCCAAACUUUUUCGUAAUCUUAAUGAGAAAGGUGUGAUAUCUUACACAGAAUAUUUAUUCCUCUUAUGUAUUUUAACAAAGCCACAUGCAGGCUUUAGAAUUGCUUUCAACAUGUUUGAUACUGAUGGCAAUGAGAUGGUGGACAAAAAGGAAUUCUUAGUGCUACAAGAAAUUUUCAGGAAAAAAAAUGAGAAGAGAGAAAGGAAAGGAGAUGAAAUAAAACGUGCAAUGCUGCGUCUUCAGCUGUAUGGAUAUCAUACUUCUACUAACAGUGUCCUUAAAACAGAAGGCGAGGACCUUGUUCCCAGAAGCUAUUGGGAUACUUUGAGACGUAGCACAAGCCAAGCACUCUUUUCGGACCUUGCGGAGCGUGCUGAUGAUAUUUCAAGUUCAUUGUCAGAUACUACACUGCUUGUACACUUUUUUGGCAAGAAAGGAAAAGCUGAACUGAACUUUGAAGAUUUUUAUAGAUUUAUGGAUAACCUACAGACUGAAGUUCUAGAGAUAGAAUUCCUUUCCUACUCUAACGGGAUGAACACCAUUAGUGAGGAAGACUUUGCCCAUAUUCUUUUGAGGUAUACAAAUGUGGAAAAUACAUCAAGUUACCUGGAAAACAUGCGCUGCAGGAUUCCUGAAGAGAAGGGUAUCACAUUUGACGAGUUUAGAUCAUUUUUCCAAUUCUUGAACAACCUAGAAGACUUUACAAUUGCAAUGCAAAUGUAUAAUUUUGCAAGUCGUUCCAUAGGUCAGGAUGAAUUCAAACGUGCUGUGUAUGUAGCCACAGGUGUGAAGCUUUCGCCACAUUUGGUGAACACGGUGUUCAAGAUUUUUGAUGUUGACAGAGAUGACCAGUUGAGUUACAAAGAAUUUAUUGGCAUUAUGAAAGACAGACUCAAUCGAGGGUUUAGGGGCUACAAACCUAUACAGAGGUAUACUACUUUCAAAUCCUGCGUGAGGAAGGAACUCUAUAGCAGAUAAAUGACGGAGACUCCAAAAUAUGGUUGGAAGGAAUAUUACUCUUGUGUGAUGACUGUAACCAGCGAACACCUCAGAGAUCUGUGGAAGCAGUUUCGGAGGCGAGAUAUGCUGAGAUAAAGGAAGAAAGAAGGAUUAUCUACACUGGCUAGAACUAUUUAUCUCUGUGAAUUCCUAAUGAAGAACAAACCCAGGUGAACUGUCAAUCUUACAGCUGCAGUAGAAAACACAGGACUUCUUUUCCACUUAGUGUAGUGAUCAUCAACUCUUACAACUGCUUUUCAGUAUGUAUUUUAUUUAAAUGAUGAACUAACCAUCACCCGAUCGGCAAAAAUCUUUUUCUUAAGAACACGUUUUGAAUAUUUUUUAUUAUUUUGAGAUAAAUUUGCAAGUUAAAAGAAAAUAAAAACAAGUUUGACACCUGGGUAGGCAAAUGUUGUGGCAUUGAAGAGAAACUGCAGCAGCUUAGACUGUGAAUUUUCUUUCAGAAGAGCGCUAUUAAAAGUUUGUGCAAAAUUGGCAAUGAGAAUGCAUUAAGUAGCAUAACAGCUAUGUACGAGUUGAAUGGACAAAUUAAGCUCUCAGAAGCUAUUACUUUAAAAAGAGUAAAGCUGUUACGGUUAUAAUGUGAAUGAUAGGUAUUUACCUAGGGAAGGUACUGUAUGGACUCUAAUGUUCAGAUUCUCCAAGUCUUACUAUUAUGUUUAGUAACUUAUCCUUUUAAAAAAAUAGUGUAGCUUUUAAGAUGUCUUAUGAGCAGUAUGUCAAA